GGCGUGUUUAGAAAGCAGUGAAUUUUUUUUUUUUUCCGAGACACUUUUCUGUAAACCUGUGAGGAUGUCUAUGGACAUGACGUUCCUCGGAACCGGUUCGGCCUACCCGUCUCCUCACCGCGGUGCCUCGGCUCUGGUUCUGCGGACGGACGGGGAGUGCUGGCUGUUUGACUGCGGAGAGGGAACCCAGACCCAGCUAAUGAAGAGCCAGCUCCGAGCCGGUCGUAUCACCAAGAUCUUCAUCUCCCAUCUUCACGGCGAUCACCUYUUCGGUUUGCCUGGCCUCCUUUGUACCGUGAGUCUCAACAGCAACGCCGACCCUCAGCAGAACCUGAACUGUGUGGAGCUCUAUGGGCCCCGGGGCCUCAGGAAGUUUCUCAGGGUGACACUUGGACUCUCGGGAUCUCAGCUUCUCUUCCCAUAUGCAGUUCAUGAACUGGAACCAACAACAGACCAGUGUCCAGAGGAGGGACAGCUGAGCCAGGAGCUGACAGCAGACAGUGGUCCUCUUCAUCCUCAGGAGCAGCCAGGCAGGACGAUCCCCUUAGAUGUCAUCAGUGACUCCUAUCUGCUUUUGGAAGAUAAGAAGUUUAUCGUCAAGGCCUUCAGAUUGUUUCACCGCAUUCCUUCUUUUGGGUUUUGCAUCCAAGAGCACGAUCGGCCCGGGAGACUGAAAACAGAACUACUGAAGGAACUAGGCCUGAAACCUGGACCUCAAUAUGGACGUCUCAAAGCUGGCGAGUCUAUAGUUCUUGAAAAUGGACGCUUGGUACUUCCCAGUGARGUYUUGGAGGAAACCAUCCCUGGGAGGAAGGUYUGCAUUCUAGGGGACUGCACCUCAGUUCUUGGGAAAGAACCGUUGCGGAUGUGCAGCGGAGCGGACGUUCUGGUUCACGAGGCCACCCUUGGGAACGAGCACAGGGAGCGAGCGAUGGAGCACGGACACAGCACACCUGCGAUGGCAGCGGCCGUGGCUCGGGCUUGCUGCGCGCGGAGGCUGGUCUUGUAUCACUUCAGCCAGCGGUACAAGCCCAACUCGCUGCAGAAGGAUGGAGARGAGGACGUGUCGGAGCUGAAGAGGCAGGCUGAGGAAGAGCUUCAGGACGGCAGAGUAGAGGUGAUUCUAGCUGAAGACUUUAUGACUGUACCCAUUCCUCUCAGAAGACAGAAGUCCUGAACCAAUUUAGAAUUUGAUUGUGGAAAUUUUCAAAUAUUUUUACCUGGUUGAGAUUUAAUUUUACAUAUUUGUCUCAAUAUUUUCCCAACAUUUACUACAUAUUAAAGGCACAGUGUGUA